UGACACAAUAAGGAUGGGAUUAGAUUAACUAGAUAAACCAUAAAAUCUAGAUGGCAACCGUUUAGAUUCAGGUGGGUAAUGUAAAUGCCCAUCUAAUAAUAAAAUUAAUUUUAGAUAGGUAUUCAGUUCUCGUACCGGCUAAAAUAGCCGAGAUGGAAAUUAAUGGCAAACAGCUCUGUGGACGCUGUAGAACCUGUGGUUCAAAAGCUUGUUAACUGUGGUUCCGUUCCGCGCAAAAUGUCAGAAGGUACUUGUUGUGUUGGGUAUUGUGUGCAAAUUUUUAAAGUUUAACUUAUAUUAAGUUAUUCUGUAAACAUAUUGAUUAAGUUACACGAGAAAUUCAUCACACCAAUUUAAAUGUGUAUGGGAUUUAAUUAAAGCAGUGAUUGAUGAGCAUACGUCAACACAAGGAUGCAAAGGAAACCCGGAUUCCCCGUCGCUAACUGCAGCAUUAAAAUGCCCGACUGCACAUCAGUACCUGACCUGCUGCUGUCUGAUGAUGACCAUGAGCAGCAGCAGCGGAGACAGCAGCUGAUCAACUUCGGCCAUGCACAGUGGGGCUUUAACAACUGGAGCUGGUCUGUCAGCAAACAAGAACUAGAUUUUGUAGACUUUUCCAAUGGAAAAUACUGUGCUGGUGUGGUUGCCUUUGUCUCCAUAACAGUAAAGAGUUUUGAUAUACAUCGGGAGAACAUUGGAUAUGCUACUUCAAUUGCUCAUUCUAAGGGAUUUGCUAUAUACAAGUCCAGAAAGUGUGCCGUAACAAACGCGCUGCGCGAGACUCUGCUAAGUUUCGGUGGCAGUGUGGCUAACGAGCUCACUGAGCUGCUAGAGGGGCACCGUGGAGACGCGCCGGCCAACGAGGUGCUUAACGAGAACAACCAGAAUGUGGCCAACAAGCCCUGCGAGCCGCGCAACGUCACGCUGGAGCGCGCCGCGCGGAACGAGUCCGCCGACAGCGGCUCGCACCCCGCGCUGCGUUCGCCGGCAGCUCCGCCCGCCCCACCUGCGCCUGCGCCCGCUCCCGCUCCCUUGGCCGCGCCCGCGCCCCCGGCCGCCGCCGCGCCGCCCGCCGUGAAGAACGCGGGCGCAGGGCGCGGCCACCCGGGCGCGCUGCCCCCCGCCAACCGCGUGGCGCCGGCGCCGCGAGCCGCGCAGCUGCCUCCCGCGGCGCCGGGCGCGCGCCCUAACUCCAAUGUAAGUUUCGUGCUGCAGCCGGUGGUGGGCGGCAUGGUCCCGCCGCUGUUCCCGCCGCCGCGCGUGGCGCCGCCGCCGCCCGUGCACCCGGCUGUAUUCCCCAACGCCUACUACGAGUACCCGGCGGGCGGCUGGCACUUCGCCUACGAGAGCUACGAGCGACCGCCCGGCAACGUCAACGUCAACUUCAACUUGCCCCCCAAGAAUUUGGUUGUGAACGGCCGUGGCGGCUGCCGGCCGCCGGAUGACGUCACUUUUGGCGCGCCGCCACCAACCCAGGGUUGCUGGAUCAAACCCACCAUUUUCUAUGAUGGCUUCUGGACCGAGCAGAAGGUCAAGAAGUGGGUGGCGGAGCAGGUGGAGAAGCAGUUCCCAGAGGACGCGAGCGCGACCUCAGCCUCUCCAGCGGCUGACAAGUCCUAGAGAAAACGUCUCAUGCCGACCCAGUAAUUUAGGACCUAGCACUUUAUUCCUAGCGUUUUGCCAUUUUAUCACCAAUUAUUCUUAUACACUUGUGGAAGUUUUUGGCCACUAUUACGAGUUUAGCAGUAGUAUACUACAAACGUUUUUUAGACAAAGUAAUUUAGGUACUUAGUGAUAUAUUGGUAAGUUUGAAAUCUCGAAAAUGGUAAACUAUUUUUUAAUGAAAUUUUUCUCGUUGUAUUAUGUUGUAAGUGUUGUGGACGGCCUAGAGUCGGUCGGCGGCAUCUGCUUCGUUCUGAGAAGUCGGUGUCCUAGUGUAUUUUGAAUCUGCUUUUCUUUUGUAGGUAUUUCGUAUUCUAAUGAGGAUUCAGAUUUGGGCUCUUUUGUCGAGUUAUUUGUGUGUUUUUAAUGGAUGUUUAGCGAAUGGAUUUGCGCGUCAACUCCUUUUUCAGUGUUUACCUUAUGAUGACAUUAGGAAUUGGGUUUCGACCGUCUAUAAAGAAUGGAAUUGCGUAUGUACAUAGAUAUAUGUAUGUAUUAUUACCUGCUCAGAAGCGUGUGACGUACAUGGUAAACUGUUUUUAUUGAAAUAAAACUGUUUUAAAUUU